AUGGAAGAGUCAUCUUCUGGCUCCAGUUUACCACCACCAUUCUCACCCCCAUCAGUACCACAAAUGCGAAAAAGAAAAGCAUCAAGCAAAAACCCUCGAACUUAUGAAAGCGACGAAAGUUACAGCUCCCAACCGAAACUUGGGAGGUAUGGUGGAGAUCAUGUUUCAAAUUGGAAUAGUUUUCAGUUAGAAUUGUUUGGAAUCUUUUAUGAUGUAAAAGCAACAGAAUUGUCCGAGUUAUAUAAACCAGCCCAGGAAAAGAUGUAUUCGUCAGCAGUAAACAAUGCCGCGUUUUGGACUAGACUUCUUAAGAUAAAGGAAAUUCUGAUUGAAUCAACGAAGAAAUGCAUGCAUAUCUUAGAUGUUGAUGAAGAAUUUGACAUGGAAGACUUGGAUUGGGCGGAUGUUAAAGAAGAAUCCAAAAAAUGUGGGCAAGCAAUAGCAAAAGUUAGAGAGGAAAUGUCAUUGAAAAUUGGAUCAUUAGAUAAUCUAUCCCGGGACCUUUAUAGCAUUUGGUUUACUGGGAUUUCGGAAUAUAUUCAGUAUUAUUCUGACCUAAUAAAAGAAUUUAAUUCUGCAAGAAGAAAUGGAGUGGAAGGGGAAUUCCGUCAGCUUCUAACAUUCUUCAGCAAGAUAUUCCUGAUGAGCCCUAUGACAGGAGAUGCUUUUCAAAAAGUGCAAAUGACGCUUUGUGGAAUAGAAACUACUAGUGUUCCAGAUCUAAGAUACAUCUUGCAGGGAGAUUUUUUUAAUGAAUCAGAAAAAUCAGCAUCUCUUGUGACAGUAACUAUUGGAGAGGUGAAGACAUGGCCGCUUGCAGAUGAUGAAAAAACUACCACUGAUUUCAAUAUCAGAAACUUGAAGUUUUCAGGGCAAUCUGUAGAGAGGUUAUUAGGACAGCAUGGGGGAGAGCUUUUAGUGGAAUCUAGGAAGUCUGUUUUAAGGUCUACAAAUUUAGGAAUAAUUUGUAUUAAGACCAUGAUCAUUUUCACACGUUUGGAAUGGGCCAAAGGGCAUUAUAAAUGCUUGUUAAAGGGUACAAAGGCGGAAGAGAAGAGAAGUAGCAUUCAUUACUCAAAGCCUUACAACUUUUUGGUUAGAAAAGAUUGAGAAGAAAUUUUGGAUACAAUGUUUAAUCUUGGUUUGCUCUGCAGAGUUAGACGUUUGCUUGCAUAUCAGGAAUAGCAACAUACACAUUUUGCCUUUUGAGUUUCUAAGGUUUAUCAUCCCUCUGUUCCCACAUAUAAAAGUUUGCUUUAACACUAACAAUUUUCCGAAAGAAAUCUAAUUUAUGAUUAAAAUGCACACAAUUUCAGCAUACCUUUCGGGGCAAAAUUUGACAGAAAUGGCCUUUUUCUUUAACAGUUUUAUAAAAGAAGAAUAGUCAUUAAUCCCAGUGAGAGUUAUUUCUCCUAUCAGAGGGUCGAUGAACCUUAAGUCCUUUAACACAGCUCAGAAAUUGUGAAUGAAUGCAUUAACAUGUUAAUGUAAGACAUGCUUUUUAGAUCACCUGAGCAGAAAGCUCAAGAGAGCUUUUCUGAUCACAUUUUGUUUGACAUCGAUCUGUUUGUCUGUCCCUCUCUAAACUUUUCUCAUUUUGAUUAAAACAAGAUUCCUCAUAUCAGAUUUUAAUUCGAUGAAGUAAAUUAUUGUUGGUACUAAAUUGAAUAGGAAGAGCAGUAAUGCAUAAGAUUAUUUGAGAAUUCUUAUAUUACAGUUUAACUCACCUAACCCUAACCCUGGAAGUUAGCUUUUCUGAUCCGAGAGUGUCCUGCAUCCGUCUGUCUGUCAUGUGUCAUCUUAA